GAACCAAUCACACACUGGAGUUUUUUGACCUUCUAUACAAACACAGAUCUGUUCUGGCUCCUGAGAUCACUAACUUUUAAAUAAGUCAUAAAUUCAACUUCUUUUGAUUUUGUGUCUUGAAAAACCGUAGUUAUAUUCAAACUAAUUCCAAGUAAAACAUACAUAUACGUGUUAGAUUAAUAAAAUCUUUGUUUCAAUUUUGUUAGGCCUUGUGAGUACACCCUAAAAAACAAGAUAUGUCGAAAUCUUGUUUUCUGUUGUUCGUCAAACUGAUGCAUACAAGUGCAAGAGAGAAGAAAAGGAUUUAGCAACUGUAGCAAGACAUGUACAAAUACAGUUACAAUACUAAAUACUGAAAGAGUACUUUUUACUGAGUCUCUCAUUACAGAUUAGAGACUUACUGUAUAGUAACUCUGGCUAAAGUGGGCUCUCACUAAUAAUUUAACCUCCCACUUUACAUAUCGGAUACUUGCCUUUGGGAUCACAUCUGUGCAUAGUGCCAGGCCAGUGGCUCAGUGGCAGCAUAUAAAAAAGACAUCAUCCAAACAUAUAAGUUGUCAUAUGUACAACCCUUUGUGCAGGAGACACUAGAACAACACCAAGAGUGUCUGAAGAAGCAAAGGGAAGCAGUGAAAUAUAGACUGAAGAAACUGGCAGCACGGCAAUCACAAAUCACAGUAAGUUAGGACCAGAAACAUGAAAACAUCAUUAUAACACAAAUAAUCCUGAUCCUAUAACAGGACACCUGUGAAGUAAACAGAUUCAUGCUUAUGGCUGACGUAGAAAAAGUCCAUGGUGAUCAGGGAGAACGUUCUCAGAAAAUACCAGGAGAUCCAGGCUGUCCUCGACGAGGACCUCAGGAUCACUCUGUCCCAUCUGGAGAUGGAGGAGCGUGCUGCUGUGUUGGCUCUGGAUGGGAUGAUGGAGAAGACCUGCUCUCUGAUCCAGGAGAUUGAGCAGGACCAGGCCAGACUCACGGCGGCGCUGGACCAGACCGAGACAGAUCCUGAUACAAUGUCUUUCUUCUCGUACUCUGAGCAGCCGGACGUGCAGACGACAGACAGGGUUGUGGAUCUGCUGAACCGGACGGACCCGAGCAGCGUCCGUCUGGACGAGGCCAAAACUGAACAGAUGCUCAGUCUCACCAACAACAUGCUAGUCCUCAUCCGCGCACAAACCCCUAUAAUGAGGAAACUCAUCCAGAGCUACUCCAGUGAGGUGAGGUUGGAUCCAGACACGGCUCACCCAAAGCUGAUCAUCUCCUCCCAGGGAGACAGCGCCGCCUACACAGACACCUGGCAGCAGCUGCCCGACCUCCCCGGACGCUUCGACACCACCCUCAAUGUCCUCAGCUUGCAGGGCUUCAGCUUCGGCCGCCAUUACUGGGAGAUUGACGUGACUGGGAAGACGUACUGGGAGCUGGGCGUCACCUAUCCGAGCAUUCCUCGCAGGGGCACCACUGAGAGCUGCUGGCUGGGCCGCGGGGAGGAGUCGUGGUGCGUGGAGUUCUUCGACGGGGAGUACACGGCCUGGCACGCAGCGGUGCCGCACCAGCUGCCGUUCACCAGGCGCUUCUCUCGGAUCGGGGUGCUGUGCAGCUUCCCUGUGGGACUGGUGACGUUUCUUGAGGCAGACGACAUGACUCCGCUGUUCUGUCACUGUGCGGUGACCUUCUCAGACGCUCUGCAUCUGGCCCUGUGUCCUGGUCAUGACCACAAUGGCCUCAACUCGAGGCCUGUUGUAAUCUGUAAUACUUCAGCUCCUACUUCUCUUCCCUGAUUAGUAGGCUCGCAGUGCUUUCUAAUAAGGAAAGUCAUUACCAAUGGAUUUAAAUAAGAAAAGGCCGUCACAGAGAUGCCUGUUGCUCUGUGAGGUUGGACAAAUAAAACAGAGACCAACCGAAGGCUAAAAAUAACCAGUCAGGUUUUUAGGUCAGAUACAUUUUGAUCAGACCGUCUUGUGGCAACAGUGUCCAGCUAGUAUGGCCCAGUGAGAAUAUCAACAGAUCUAAACAGAAUUAUAUAAUACAAUGCUGUGCAUUUUAGUAGAUUUCCCCAAAUUAAUGUUAUUGCUUUACAGAAUAUGGUUUCCAUUCCCACAGCACAACUACAUCCAGACUGAUCCAAAACGUGCCAGGUUGCAAAUGUUUGUCUUCUUUAUUUUGUUUUAUGGUGCAAAAACUUUGUAAUCAUUUUCAAUCAGUGAUCAUUAGAAAGUGGUUCGCUCCUAAUACUGAGUUAAUUAAAAUAAAUAAAAUAAAUUAAAUGUAUUUCUCUGUGGCACAGUGUUUUUACACCCAGUUUGAGUCAGAACUUUCAGAUUAAGCCAUAUUAACAGUGGUUUACUGAUGUUGAAUAAGUGAAUUGGGAGCACAAGGUGGUGUAUCCUGAGAUGCACUGAGUGUGUGAAUCCAAAGUCUGCAGUCAAACAAACAUUUGACUCUUAGCAUAUUUGCUUUCUGAGCCUCCAUGUUGCAUCUGAAUGAAUGUUUAGCCCAUUUUACCCAAAUGAAUCUAUGCGAAUUAUUAGUGUGAAACUCAAAUAUGGUGAU